UCCAAAAUAAUGCAUUUCAAAGAUAAGGUGUUAACGCAUCACAUAUUAUUUUCUCCGUUUCAUUUAAAAUUCUCAAACAUUAACUAGCAAAAAACACAAGUGGACAGAGCAAUGGCUCAAUCGGUGUCAUCAAUGGCAGGGCUACGUGGUUCCUCUCUAGCUGCCUUAGAGGGUAGUCUCCAGCUCAAUGGCUCGACCCGUUUGACCACGACUGGAAAUGGCCGUGUUGGUGUUGCACGGACUGGGCUAGUUGUUAGAGCCCAACAGGUACAUGGAGAAAGUGAGACUAGCCGUAGAGCUAUGUUGGGGCUCAUUGCCACUGGACUAGCCUCAGGUUCUUUCGUUCAGGCUGUGCUUGCCGAUGCUAAGCCUAUCAAGCUCGGCCCACCUCCACCACCCUCCGGCGGACUUCCGGGAACACUAAACUCCGAUCAGGCUAGGGACCUCGAUUUGCCGUUAAAGAACCGGUUCUACCUCCAGCCAUUGUCGCCAACGGAGGCUGCAGCUCGUGCAAAAGAAUCAGCAAAAGAGAUACUAAAUGUUAAAGAGUUCAUUGACAAAAAGGCAUGGCCAUAUGUCCAGAACGAUCUUCGUUUGAGGUCAGAAUACCUUCGUUUUGACCUCAAUACCGUCAUUGCCGCUAAGCCAAAGGACGAGAAGAAACAACUCAAAGAUCUCACCGGAAAGCUUUUCCAAGACAUGGCAGAUCUUGACUAUGCGGCAAAGAUCAAAAGCUCGGCUGAUGCAGAGAAGAGUUACGCUGCAGCUGUAUCUAGUCUUAAUGAUGUUCUUUCGAAACUGGGUUAAACUGGACUUUUGUAUGUUUUCUUGUUAAUGUGAUGAAAAUAUGUUGUUAAGUUUUCAAUUGCCAAAAAACAUUGUUCGAGUGAAAUGUACUUAAUAAACAACAAACUUAUGUGACAA